GGAGCUCGGCGGAGGUAACCGGAUCCUCGCAGCUUUCUGAAGGCUGACGGUCGUUAUGACGAUGUCAGAUCACCGAUAGAGCCACAAAAUGGCGGGUGGUAACACGAGUGUUGUACUUUUACUUGUUGGCUGUUUUUGGACGGCUAAAAAAAACCCUUAAACCUCUGUGUCCAAACUAUUUAAGUGCUUAAAGGGGAAGUGUCUCAGGCUUGUGGGGUGUCAUGUCAACACACAUCAUUUCCGGACUUUGUUAUUACUUUCGUGUGACUGAGGGUCGGGAUAAAGCGCUGCUCUGAAUGGCGACUCCCGGCUACACGGAGGAGCUCCAGCCCUCCCAGACUCAAGGGGGCAGCAUAACCACGGUGAAAAGCGGCCAGCAGAAAGCCGGUGCCGGCGUCACUCCCACCUACCUUCCUGACUUGCAGAGCUCGUCUAGCUCCUCCCCGUCACAGACUGGCCUUUCCUCCAGAAUAGCACAGACCACACCCCCGGGGAUACUAAAGAAGACUGUUCUGGCCACGCCCCCUCAGGUUACCUUGGCGACUGCACAGUACACCGUGUCCGAGAUUCAGAGCUCUGCCUCCGGGUCCAGCAACGGCCAAAACACACCACAGUACAUAGUGGUGACCGUUUCAGAAGGAUCCAACCAUUCCAACGACUCAGUGUCGGAGUCCAGUCCACCUCCGACCGUCCAGACGGGUGUGCCAACACAUGUGGUUCAGACCGCACAGCAGAGGUCAGUAGUACAGACCACAGCCAAGAGCAGCGUCCAGCACGGAGUCGGCAACCUGCACAUCGCUCCUGAGAUCUCACAAGUAGGGCAUGUAUACCCCAGCCAGGUUCAGUAUGUGGAUGGAGAUGGCAACUACAACACCACACCCAUUCGUUCCAGUACUUACCCGUUCACAGAGUCGUCCCUGUAUGGCCAGGCCACACCCUCCGGCCCGUACUACGACGAUCCGCCCACGACCGGGUCACAGGUCUCCACCCCUGUGACUUCGCAGCCGGUUUCCGUGACUACAGGAUUCUCAGGGGGUGGUACAGGGGUUACUGUGGUAUCAGGAGCGUCUUCUUCAGGUGGAGGUGGAGGUGGAGCCGGUGCUGGAGUUGUGGCUGGGGUCGGGGCCGGGAGUGUGUCCAGCGGGGGAGGGGUGGGGGCUUACGUGAUUCCUGCCAGCUACGUGAUGGGAAGCGGAGGCCAGAACUACAGCCACAACAUACGUGCAUCACCUGCUACUGUGCAAUGGCUAUUGGAUAACUAUGAGAAGGCAGAGGGUGUGAGUCUGCCCCGCUGCACGCUAUACUAUCACUACCUGCUGCACUGUCAGGAGGCCAAGCUGGAGCCCGUCAACGCCGCCUCAUUCGGCAAACUCAUCCGCUCCUUGUUCAUUGGCCUGCGCACCCGCCGCCUCGGCACGAGAGGGAACUCGAAGUACCACUACUACGGCCUUCGGAUCAAGAGCAGCUCCCCCCUGCACCGGCUAAUGGAGGACCAGCAACACCUGGCCAUGAGACAACAGCCCUUCUCACACAAGCACAGGAUAAGACCGGUGCAGAAGGUCGAGGGAAUGACCAACGGGAUGGCCAUGGGGGUGGGGCAAGGAGGAGGCCAGGGGGUGGGGCUGUUUGACAUCAGCUCCCAAAUCCAGCAAUAUCAGCAGUUUUUGGAUGCAUCUCGCUCUCUUCCUGAGUUUCCAGACAUCGAUCUCCAGGGAAAGGCUCUGCCAGAAGGGAUUCUUCCCGAGCAAAUCCGAGCCUUCCAGCAGCUCUAUCGUGAACACUGUGAGGCCAUAGUGGAUGUGAUGGUGAAUCUGCAGUUUCCUCUGGUUGAGACUCUGUGGAAAAGCUUCUGGAGAUUCAGUGAGGGACAAACCAGUGACGCACUCGACCUUCACAGUGAAUCAGAGAAGCGACUCCCGAAAGCGUGUCUGGUUCUGCUGUGCCAGUACGAACCGGUUCUCCAGUGGAGCCGCAACUGUGACAACACACUCUACCAGACCCUAGUGGAGAUCCUCAUCCCUGAUGUUCUCACACCUAUACCUAGUGCCUUAACCCAAGCCAUCCGCAACUGUGCCAAGAGUUUAGAAAACUGGCUCACCAGUGCCAUGAUGAACAUUCCAGAGGAGAUGGUCCGCAUUAAGGUGGUGUGUGCAGGAGCGUUUGCGCAGACGUUGCGCAGAUACACUUCUUUGAAUCACCUGGCACAGGCAGCCAGAGCCGUCCUGCAGAAUUCGGCCCAGAUCACACAGAUGCUCAACGAUCUCAACCGAGUGGACUUCAACAACGUGCAGGAGCAGGCUUCAUGGGUGUGUGCGUGUGAAGAGCACACAGUGCAGCGGAUCGAGCAGGACUUUAAGGUAACGCUGCAGCAGCAGAAAUCUCUGGAGCAGUGGGCCGCCUGGCUGGACAGCGUCGUCACACACGUCCUCAAACCUUACACGUCCAGCCCGUCCUUCACCAAAGCUGCCAAACUCUUCCUGCUCAAGUGGAGCUUCUACAGCUCGAUGGUGAUCAGGGAUCUGACUCUGCGCAGUGCAGCCAGUUUUGGCUCGUUCCAUCUCAUCCGGCUGCUGUAUGAUGAGUACAUGUAUUACCUGGUGGAGCACAGAGUCGCUCAGGCCAGAGGAGAAACACCCAUUGCUGUUAUGGGAGAGUUCACCAGCCUAGGCCGUAACGACAGCACGGCAGAUGCAGACAAAGAAGAGGAGGAAGAGGACGAGGACGAGAGCGAUGAAGAUCAGAUGCCUAUUCCGGUCGACUCUACAGCUAUGGGGGAGGAGUCUCUGGAACCGCCCACCAAAUUAGCUAGGACAGACCUGUUCAACAGCACGCACAACUAGCGCUUGCACACACACACACACACACACACAGAUAUAUACAGAUUUAGCUCUGUGUUCUCUCUCUCUCUCUCUCUCUCACUCUCUCUUUCUCUCUCUCUCUCUCUCUCUCUUUCUCUCUCUCUCUCUCUCUCAGUGCCAUGCAGUUGUUUGCCUUAUUCAUUAUUGCCUUUUGAGACUUUAUCUGCCAUAGUCUAUAAAUGUAUAAUGCCUUAAAUUAAUUUGAGUGAUAUGCCUUAUAUACGUCUACGUUACUGCCUGUUAGCGUCUACAUGCACACGCGUACACACUGCCAGUUUAAACACUUUAGGAACAUCGUGCACUUGGCAAUUCAAUACAGAAAUAAACACUCUGGAAUAUUUAUAUCACCGUAAUCCAGCCACCGAUCACAGCUCCUCCUGAUACGUCACCGUUACUAUAGUAACCGCUCGUACACCGGGACGUCAUGUAACUUCAGCGCGAAAGUAAAAAAAAAACGUGUGAUUUGGUAUAAAAAUACGCGCAAUUGUUAGUAACAGCGUGAUCGAGGUUUCCGUAAGGAGACGUUUACGUAACGUUUUUAUAGGUUAUAACCGUAACUAUAAUUAUGUUGACGUGUAGCAGAUCAUGGCGAGUUAUUUCGAUAUUUCUCCAGCCUGAAGAUCAAGUUGUUUCAGUUUGUAUUUACUACAAUAUAAGAGAUUGUAAAACUUUGGACUGGCAGUGUGUAUAUACGGACAGAGAGAAUGUCCUGCGUAGGGUGGAAAAAAGUGAGUAAAUGUUUUCUGGUUUUUUUUUUUUUUUUAAUUAUAUAUAUAUAUAAUGCUCUUUCUGAUGUUAGACUUUAAUAAGUCAUCAAAUGCACUUUUCCCUCCAUAAAAAAAACAAAAAACAUUUAUUACAGAUAAUAGAUUAUUACAGAUUUCCCAUAAAGCCUCGUCAUGGUUGGUGUUGAUCUGCUCUCUGGUUCUAACCUGCUCCUGUUAGCUAUAAUGUGUUAGUAGCGACGCUAGCAUGUGCUUUAUCAUGGUGUUCUUGGUGACGAUCGAGACGUUCGACAAUUUGGCGACAGUUAUCGCCGUCCGCGUGGAUGCUAACAUGCUAGUAACGCUUCUGUAAUUUUUUUUUUAACGCGAUCAUGUUACCGCAAAUCCGACCGACUGAUUACCCAUGAUGCAUUGCUUAUUUGUUUACGCUUGAUGCCUUUAUGAGUUGCAGUGUACGUUUUUCAUGAAGCUGCCCAUGUGAUUUUUUUUUUUUUAUUUUAUUUUAUUUUUUUUGCAUGCUUAUUUGCCAGAAGAGAGAUUUAAGCUUGAUGCCUCAGUGUAUUAAUUGUACUGCUUGUGCCUUUGGAGAAUAACCUCUGACUGCAGAGAUCUUUAAAUGUAUGAAUAAAUUAAGAUGUUAUAUUGCU